GCAGGAGGCUCAGGACCCCGGGGAGAAGCUGAGGGUGGGGGCUGCAGGUUCUGUUGGUGCAGGGGGUCCAUGGCGGUGGCUGGGGAAGGCGGCUCCAUGGGGGGCCGGGGUGGGCGGCCCAACGCGGUGGAGACGCUGCAGGAGGAGGCCGUCUGCGCCAUCUGCCUCGACUACUUCACCGACCCCGUCUCCAUUGGCUGCGGCCACAACUUCUGCCGCGUCUGCAUCACUCAGCUCUGGGGAGGCGAGGAGGAGGGCGAGGGCCAGGCCGAGUACGAGGCCGCGGGGGACGACGUGGGGAUGGGCGGCGAGGAGGACGAUGUGGAUGAGCUGGACGAUGAUGACAACGUAGAGUACAACGAGGAGGAAGAGGGGGAUGGGGACAACGGGGCCGAGGAGGAAGACGAUAUGUGGAGUGAGGAGGAUGAGGACACUGAUCUAUGGGACGACCCAGGGGAGGACGACAUGUGGGAGGAUGAGGUAGGAGAUGAGCUCUUCUUCGAGGAGGACGAUUACGAUGAGGAGGUGAUGGAGGAAGAGGAUUUGGAGGAGGAAGAAGAAGAGCCGCUGCCACCGCCUCCGCCAGCAGCAGUGGUCACGCGGCCUCGACACCCCACAACCUUCACCUGCCCCCAGUGCCGCAAGACCUUCCCCCAGAGGAACUUCCGGCCCAACCUCCAGCUGGCCAAUAUGGUGCACAUCAUCCGACAGAUGCACCCACACCCACAGCGACUCGCAUCACCGGCUGCUGGGACUUCAGCAUCCGGGGGUGCGGCAGGAGUAGCAGGGGAUCUGGAGAAACGAGCCCUGUGUGAGAAACACCAGGAACCCCUCAAGCUCUUCUGCGAGGUGGACGAGCAGGCCAUCUGCGUGGUGUGUCGGGAGUCCCGGAGCCAUAAGCACCACAGCGUUGUCCCGCUGGAGGAGGUGGUGCAGGAUUACAAGAUGAAACUCCAGGGCCACCUAGAUCCGCUGAAGAAGAAGCUGGAUGCGGUUCUGAAACAGAAAUCAAGCGAAGAGGAGAAAAUUACUGAGCUGAAGAACAAGAUGAAGCUGGAGAUCAAGGAGUUCGAGUCGGACUUCGAGCUGCUGCACCAGUUCCUGAUCGGGGAGCAGGUGCUGCUACUGCACCAGCUGGAGGAGCGCUACGAGGCGCUGCUGGCCCGCCAGAGCAGCAACAUAAGCCAGCUGGAGGAGCAGGGCGCCACCCUCGGGCGCCUCAUCGCUGAGGCUGAGGACAAGAGCAGGCAGGACGGGCUGCAGCUGCUCAAGGACAUCAAAGACACCUUCAUCAGGUGCGAGAGCGUCAAAUUCCAGGAGCCGGAGACUGUGCCGGUAGACGUGGGGAAGAAAUACCGCAAUUACUUCCUGCAGGACGUGGUGAUGAGGAAGAUGGAGAAGGUCUUCAGGAAAGUCCCUCAAGCCGACGUGACCCUGGACCCCGACACAGCCCACCCGCACCUGAGCCUGUCCCUGGACCGCCGGAGUGUGAAGCUGGGCGAGCGUCGCCAGGACCUACCCGACAAUCCCAAGCGCUUCGACUCCGACUACUGUGUGCUGGGCUCUCAGGGCUUCAGCACGGGGCGCCACUACUGGGAGGUGGAGGUUGGGGGCCGGCGGGGCUGGGCAGUGGGGGCGGCCCGGGAGACAGCCCGGCGGAAGGAGAAGACAGGCGGCCCCUACCAGAAGCGGGAGAUCUGGUGUGUGGGCGCCAACGGGAAGAAGUACCAGGCGCUGACGGCCACGGAGCAGACGGCACUGCCCCCUGGGGAGAAGCUCCGGCGCUUUGGGGUCUACCUGGACUACGAGCGGGGCCAACUGUGCUUCUACAAUGCCGAGAACAUGGCCCACAUCCACACCUUCAAUGCCACCUUCCGCGAGCGCAUCUUCCCCUUCUUCCGCAUCCUGGCCAAGGGCACACGCAUCAAGAUCUGCACCUGACCCGCUUUCCCGGGCCUCCUCCCCCGCUGGGUCCCUCCCACCAUUGCACGGAUCCUCCCCACCCUUUCCCAGGAUCCGGCACCGCACAGAGGCCGGGGGGAGGCCACCUCAGCCAACCUGACAUUCCAAAGCCUGCCUCGUCCCUUUGUGUUACUCUGUUUCAAAGUGUGAGGGCAGGGGAGGGAUUGGUUACGGGGAGGACGGAUGGGUUUUCACGCCGCUGUCAAGCGAUUCCCCCGUCCUGUCCGAUGCAUAACGUGUGAAUUGCUCUUGAUGCACCACUGUAACCAGCCCCCGAUCUGUCCUCUGCCAUCAUGCUGUAGGGCCCCGGUGCUCCUGCAAAACCCUCGCUUGUGUCUCUGGGCCGAACAGGUGGAGAUGAGCGACAUCACGGAAGAUCUAGGCCUCAGACCUGGAGAGGGAGCUCUGAGCAUCUCCAGAAGCACUGGCCCCCUGCCCUGUCCCAUAAUGAUUCAAGCUCCUAUGACUAGCCCCAAGGGACUUGGCCACCCAUAUCUCAUUGAAUUUCCUUUGGUCCUGCUGGAAGAAUUCCAGCCAUCCAACUUCCCCCCUCCCCCGUUUCCUGGUGGCAUUUGGAGCUAGCUCCAGACCAUCUUCUCUCUUCUUCCACAGGCACAAGACCCCAUUGCUCUCUGCCCAGUACCAUAAUGCUGCCUUCCCUUCCCUACUGGUGUUCAGACCAAGAUCCAGCCCUGCAAAAACAUUGCUCCCCACCCCACCCCCUUGUGUCCAGCCUCCAGAGCCCAGUGCUUUCCACCCAGAACCGUCCCAGUGUCUAUCUGUCCUCUAGUUCUUCCUCACAACGGUCCUCUUGUCUGCAAUUCUUGGUCUUGGUCCCCAGGUCUUCUCCAGAACCAUCACACGUGCUUCUGAAUCUGUCUUCCCCAUUGUCAUCACCCUUUGUGACCCUGGACAUUGCAUUUAUUUGUGGAUGUCUGAAACAGCUUGUAGAGCCGAGGCAAAUGGGGCAACUUCCUCCCUAAGCUGAGACGCUACAAGAGAAUCACUGGCUAAAAUGUCUGGAGGUGCCAAGAAUCAUGUGAGAUGCUUUCAUUGCGAGCCCUGUUCUGGGAAUCCUAGGCCGCCUCCAGCACUUUCUGAGGGUUGGGUAUUUAUUUUAAUUGUUCUCUGAGCUGUUUUCCACCCCACCCCACCCCGUUGCUGUCCAGUUUCCAGCAACCCAUCUCUCUCCCCACUAGAAAGACACUGCCCAUACCUGCUGUGUGUUGGGGUUUGGUUGGUUGUUUUUCUGUUGAUGUUACAAAGCUAGUUUGAAAUAUUUUUGGCUAAACCAAGAAUUAAAUGGAGAUUUAGUUUUUUGAAAUGUUAUAAUAAUAAUUAAUAAUAAAGAGAGGAUUGUACAGUUUA